GGCUAAGAAAAGGGAGGUGCUAGAAUUUUUAAAGAUGAUUUCUACAGUUAAAAGUUACUUAACUCAGUCACGAUCUCUUAUUAAAGGAACCAGUUGCCAAUUCUGCUCCAACAGAAGAAAACAAGGUUUUCCCAAUGGACUCUCUAGUCAAAUCAAUCAACCAAUUCGCCGUGGACUUGAGCAAAAAGCUGGCUGAAUUGGCUGAGGGCAAAAAUAUUUUCUUUUCUCCCUGGGGCAUCUCGACCUCGUUGGCCAUGGUGUAUUUGGGCACUGGAGGUACCACGGCAGCCCAGAUGGCCCAGGUGCUUCAGUUUAGCAGAGACCAGGACAUCAAAUCUUGUCCUGAAAGUGAGAAGAAAAGAAAGACGGAAUUAGGUUUGGGCAAGGUGGAAGAAAUACAGUCUCACUUCCAGACGCUUAUCUCAGAGAUCAGCAAUCCCAGCAAGGCUUACAUACUUAAAACUGCCAACAGGAUAUAUGGAGAGAAGACCUACCCAUUUCACGCUAAAUAUUUAGAAGACAUGAAAACAUACUUUGGUGCAGAACCACAGUCUGUGAACUUUGUGGAAGCUUCUGGACAAAUCCGAAAGGAGAUCAACUCUUGGGUUGAAAGUCAGACUGAAGGAAAAAUCCAGAAUCUCCUACCUGAUGAUGCUGUGGAUUCUGCAACCAGAAUGGUUCUGGUGAAUGCCCUUUACUUUAAAGGAAUCUGGGAACAUCAGUUCUUCGUCCAAAACACCACAGAAAAGCCUUUCAGAAUAAACAAGAGUACAAGCAAACCAGUGCUAAUGAUGUCCAUGAAAGAAAAACUCCAAGUUUUUCACAUCGAAAAGCCACAAGCCAUGGGCCUUCAACUCUACUAUGAGAGCCGUGCCCUCAGCCUGCUCAUACUGCUGCCAGAAGAUAUUGAAGGGCUGGAUCAGCUGGAAAAGGCCGUCACCUAUGAGAAGCUGAGUGAAUGGACCAGCGCAGACAUGAUGGAAUUGUAUGAGGUACAGCUGCAGCUCCCCAAGUUCAGGCUGGAAGAGACUUACGAUCUCAAGUCAACCCUAAGCAGUAUGGGGAUGAGCGAUGCCUUUAACCAGAGCAGAGCUGAUUUCUCAGGAAUGUCCAUGGAGAGAAACUUAUUUCUGUCCAAUGUUUUCCACAAGUCUUUUGUAGAAAUAAAUGAACAAGGUACAGAGGCUGCAGCUGGUGCUGGGAGUGAGGUGAGCCUUCGAACUAGACUCCCCUCCCUUGAAUUUAAUGCAGACCACCCGUUUCUCUUCUUCAUCAGGCACAACAAAACCGACAACAUUCUCUUUUACGGGAGAUUCUGCUCCCCCUAAACCAUGUAUGUCUGUCAACAAACAAGACCAUCUCUGGUGUGAAAAGUGCAUCAAAAGAUGGAAAAACACAAUUAUAAUAAAAACCAGUUUGCAGCUUGUAUCUUUUCCACAUUUGAAUGUUAGCAAAUAAACCUUGAAAUAAUGCAUUCUAGUGAUUUUAUCACACCUAUGUAGUUAGAGAGAUUGGCAAAUUUUAUUUUUACCACUUAACGUUUUGUCUUAAUGUCUUUUAUUUACAUUUCAGAAGUACUAUGUUAUUCAAUUGAAUGCCUUACAAUUUUUGAACUACUUGGUCACUGUAUUAUCAUUGUCACUUAUAUUUCACAUGCCUCAUUGAGCAAAGAAAAAUCUUUACAAAGGUGAUAUAUAGAUUCUUAGUUUGAACAAAUGUAUAAAGAUAAUGUUAGAUGUUAGCACUGCAGAAAAGCUGUUAGAAGUAUACAGAAUUCCCUGGAUUAUCUUUGCAACUUUUCUGUGAAUCUAAGACUAUUCAAAAAUAAACAUUUUAUUAAAAAUAA